CCCUUGGUUAAUGGUCCAAAGUCAGAGAGCUCAAAGUCUUCUGGAAGUGGCAAGCCGGGCCUCCUCCUUUUCCUUACUGGUUUGACCAUCUCUCCGGUCAGCUUUCUCAGGAAUGACGAGACUAGCCUCACUGGCCAGGGCCACCCUUCCAAUUUGCAAAGGAAACUUCUUUUUAAUUCUGUGGAAAAGUUUUUCUCCUAUGUCAAGUUCAACAUAAAAAUGUGCUGCUCCAGGCUGGGCAAUCUGACGUCCCAGGGCGCUGUAAUUCCAACACUUCUAUCUGCUGCUCCUGUGUCUGGGAGAUGAAGGCAUCUUUAAUGUCAUCUGUCACACGGCAGCCGAGGGGCACAGAAAUGACCAGAAGCUGGAGGCGAUGGCUCCUAUCACUUCUUGACUCUUAAAGAAGCAUUUCAGAGUAACCUUAGACUUCUCCACGUCGUCUUCCACCACCUCGGCCGAAAGCUCCGAAACUGACCGGUAGUGUCCAGUGGGCGGGAUGGGUACACGGUCAUCAGAGAAGCCUCCUUUGGCCAGGGUGAGGUAGAAAUGUGUGCCAGUGAUGACCACCAGAUGUUUUUGGACUUCAGGGCCCGAAAGGCAAAAUGGAAAGGCCUGUUGGAGGCUUGUUAUCCCUUCCUGUGGAUGACUGUUUCCUUACCUGCUUUUCAUUCAAAUCGCACACACUGGCUGGCUGGCUGGUUCUUCCUCAGGGGCAGGGAUUUGUUCUCUAGCUGCGUGCUUCCUAGAUUCUCCGGAGGGGUUCUCAGGGACACCGGCUGCUUACCAGCUCCGCUCCAGCCAUCAGCCUCAUGGGAAUAGUACUGAAUGCAUAAAGAGCCUUUUUCUUUUCUGGAUUUCCAACAUUGGCCAGCGCUACGAAGGGAGUGGCACGCUGCAAGCCUUCUUGUUUCCAAAAUGGUUUCCAGCGUGGAAGUCUCUCGUUAUAUGAAUUUUCCAAAGCAACAAAAUGAUACCUUGUUUUCAAGCUUGUGGCAAGUCUGGAGACCAAAGCAGAGACUCUCUCUCUCUCUCUCUCUUUCUCUCUCUCUUUCUCUCUCUCUUUGUAUCCACUUCUCAAGAGGAAUUCCCAAAGUUCCCCCACAUACUUGGGUAUUGGGGACAUGAGCAAGACAUCAACACCCUUAAACUGGGAUGCCGAACACAGCCUUGUUCUCAGGGAAGGCGAAUCCUUGGGAUGAAAAGUGUAUCCUAAGGACUCUGUCCUACUGAGGUGUACAAUCUGCAGCCCUGAGCUUCCAGUGAAGAUGAUGCCUUUUCCAUCCAGAGGGGACAGUCACAGCGCUGACUUAAGGACAAAAGAGAAACUCCAGGAGGCAAGAAAGCUACUUGAGUCAAGAAGGGGAAUUCCUGGUCCUGACUGAGGAUUGCUGGUCUAUAAAAGCUCCUCAGACUCCUCAGGUUCAGCCUUCCCGCUGCCACAGCUCUCUGCAAAGAGAGAUCUCCAAAGCCCAGGUAGAGAGCUGCAGCAGCUGCUGAGAUGAACAGGAAGGUCACAGCCAUAGCCCUGGCUGCCAUCAUCUGGGCCACAGCUGCUCAAGGCUUCCUUAUGUUCAAAAGGGGGCGCUGUCUUUGCAUCGGCCCUGGGGUGAAAGCCGUCAAAAUGACAGAGAUCGAGAAAGCUUCUGUAAUUUACCCGAGUAACGGCUGCGACAAAGUUGAAGUGAUUGUUACUAUGAAGCCUCAUAAACGACAAAGGUGCCUGGACCCCAGAUCCAAGCAAGCUCGCCUCAUAAUGCAGACAAUCGAAAGAAAGAAUAUUUUAAGGCGCCAAAACAUGUGACAUCCUGGGAGCGUCUGACUGUGAGCCCUCCAAUAAGAACUCUGUGCCAGGAACCCGACCCUCUGCUGUCGUGGAACAUGCAUCCACGUAUUACCAGGCUGCAGAACCUUCUAGAAGGUCCGAUACAUCUAAACUGUUCUACUUGGCUAUGAAAAAUAUUUAUCUCUAAAAGUCAUGUGCACACUACCUUCUGUGGUUACAGUGGAUGCAUUGUUACUGCAAUCCGGACCAGUGCUGGAUUCAAAAGCAUCUGUGUGUGUAGUAAAACAUUCCUCAAAGAAUUGUUCAUGCAAAUAAACAUUCCUUUCCCCAAAUAUCACGAGGCACAUGAACAUCGAGGAAGACAUUUCCACAUUUUGUCUUGUUUGUUCAUUUAAAAAGACUACGAUUCAUGAGGUGCCGGAAAACAUUUCUGCGUUGUAGAAACUAGUAAGAACACUACUGUUUGUUUCCUAGUUAGUCGCACUGGCUAGUUAGUCACACUGGCUAGUUAGUCACACUGGCUAGUUAGUCACACUGGCUUCCCCCUGAGGCCUUCUAAGGGGUUAAGAUGUGUUAAUUUCCUGCAUGUCUGGUUUUAUCAGUGACAAUAACCUGAAUAGAUUUUUAAAAUAAAUUGGUACUGUUCACCAAAGAAAAAUGUAGGAAAAAAAAAUCUGUGCACCUCUUUCAGUCUGUUUUCCUGUGAGUCUGCCUUUGAGAAAAAUAUGUAAAUGUGUACUUUGUUCCUUUCCUUGGUCAUACUGUGAAUGAAUGGUAGGGAUGGCUGGCUCUGUCUCUCCUUGAAAAGAAUAAGAAUUGUGCUUCUCUAGUAAGCUAUUGUAACACUUAUUAAAUCAU